GGUGACAAACGUUUGAAAACAACGUAGAAAGUUGCAUUCCCGUCUAAUAUUCGAUGCAUUUCUCCACGCGUAUUUAUCGAGAUAAUUGUGUUGUGUAAUAAGAAAAUUUUAAACGAAUUGUCUUGUCGAAAGAUCUCAGGAAGAUAAGUACUUUUACUUUUCCAAGAGACGUUCAUUAGUCGCUGGUAAAGAGAACUGUUCACGUUUCUUUAAUUACAACUGAGAAAGUGAAAUUAUCUCGUCUCGAAGGAUAAGCACAACGAAAUGUCGCCGGUUAAAUUUCUCGGUUUUCCCUUUGUUCUUAUACAGUUAAACGCCCAAUUUAAAGCAAAUAAUCUCGUCGCUUUCUUUAAUUUAACGCGCAGCCUGUGUAAAUACAUACUUAGUUAUAUUACCCUUCGAGCCAUUUUUAAGUCAAAGCGCGUUCGUCUUGAGAAGAUUUUCUCAGCUCUUCUCGAACAGUGAAAAUAUAAAUCGUCGCUUCAGCUUUGCCGAGUUCCCAUGAUGCUAAAACAUUAUAUCGUUGUAUUUUUAUUAAAUUACAUUGUAAUGUGCAACAACGUUGACGCGUGGAAUUCUUUAAGAAGGUAUCGACAUUUUUGGCAAGCAAAUAAUUAUCCUUCGAACGAAACAUCGUCGAGUACCCCCGGCAGAGAAAAACGACUUUUCUCGCUGUUCACUUUGGUAAAGUUCGACAAUAACGUUUGCGUUGGGGCAAACGGCGAAAAUGGCACUUGUUUGGCAGCCUCGGAAUGCUCGCAACGCGGGGGUGUAUCCACUGGAAUGUGUGCGAACGGUUAUGGAAUUUGUUGCAUCGUAACUGUGUCCUGCGCCGAGACGACGAUCAACAAUAACACCUAUUUCGUUAAUCCGAAUUAUCCAUCGUCGUUCGAUGGUACUUUGUCUUGUCAGUUGACACUGAUUAAAUCGCAUCCAGCUGUGUGUCAAUUUAGAUUGGAUUUCGUGCAGUUUAACAUAAGAGGCCCAGAAACGACUAAUCACCAAUGCAUUUACGAUCAGUUCAUCGUAUCGGGAGGCAAUCCAGUGCCCACUAUAUGCGGAAAUAAUGCUGGAAAUCAUAUAUACGUUGACGCUGGCCUUGGACAUACGAAUCCGGUUACAUUAACAUUCGUUACAAGUGGCAGUUCUUUUCCUCGAUCUUGGAAAGUACGGAUUUCUCAAAUUCGUUGCGAUACUAUAUACAGAGCCGAGGAAGGAUGCUUGCAAUAUUUCACCGGGAUAUCUGGUCAAAUUAAUUCGUUCAAUUAUGAUCCAGUUAGUGGAUUGCAAUUGUCCAAUCAGGAUUAUAGUAUUUGCAUUAGAAUGGAAAGGAAUUUCUGUGGUAUUCAGUACAUGACAUGCCCUGUUGAAGGUCAAGCAAUGAUGCCUAACGGUGCUGCUCCAGCACAAAUGAUACGCAGCAGUGCGUUCACGCUAACAGGGAACACGCAAGGUGUACAGAUUGCAUCAAUGACAGGGGCAGCCUGCCAAACCGACUGGUUAACUAUUCCUUGUUCAUUCAAUACAGGUAGAUUACCGACAUCUAUGAUGAUGUGCGUUGAUCGAUUUUGCGGGGGUACGUUCAACGCUGAGAAUCAAAAUUUGAACGCGUCUUCUGUUAUCAGUACAGUGAAACCAUUCAGAUUAAUUUUUCAUACGGAUAGCAUCGAGGCACCGAACGACGUUGGAAACAGAGGAUUCUGUUUGAACUAUGUGCAACAACCUUGCACCACAAAGUUAUGAUGAAUGAAAAGGUGAACAGGAGGACAUAGUUAACACAUUUGCAAAUACAUCCAUACUUUAUUAACUCACCAGCAUCUGUGGAUUUAACGAUUCAGGACAACACAUGAAAUAUGCUAGAAUUAGGUAACACGAAAUCACAAACACUAAGAUAAUCCUGUAUGUUAUUUAACACAGAGGUAGGUUUACUUUUAAUAAGUAGAAAUUCUGUUGGUCAGUCGUUUUUCGUCAUUGUAAUUUGUAAGGCAAAACUGAAAACGAAUAUAAUAGUAUAAGUGGGACCCGUUCUGUAAUCGGAA